UUGAGUCUGGUUAGGGUGGAAUCUUCCAUAUUCUUUAGUAAUUAAGCACGUUAAAUUAAUCGUGUGGUGUUACGAGUUAAUCGUUUUUGUCGCAGAUGUGCAUCGCUACAAAAGCCCACAGGACAGGAGCACAGCUGCUUACUGCUGUACUGUACUACCUGUUGUCUUGUCUGCAGCUGCAGAAUUCAAUAAUAGUGAUACUCAAUUGAUCGUGACUGAUGACGUAUUUGAGCAAUCGGAAAUAAAGUCGCAUUGGCCGCAAAAUAUCGCAUACGCCUUCAAACGACGCCCGCAGCUAUUAUUGUGGCGAAACCAGUUCCUAGUUCUUGGAUUUUUCAUUCUUUCCUACUCAACCUUCCGAUGUGGUCAUGCUUUCAAGGUUGCGGAGCACGUGCAAACUGCAAACUGAACUGUAGGCCGCUGUAGGCAGUCUGUCUGACAGUUUUCGAGGAGUGUUCAUCGUUGGCUUUGUUUCUGCUUUGUGUGCUUCGCCUACAAUUCGUCACGUUGUUAUUCUAAUCAAGAAUGUCUGCAGAACAGUCUGAUGGUAGUGAUAUAGCCAGUACACCGCCGCUUGUUAGCCGAAAGGAUAAGAAAAGCGCUCGCUGGUCUCUGGCAGCUGAACGAGCGCUUAGCAUAAAAGACAAUUCAAUCGAAGAAGUAGACGAGACUACCAAUGAAGUGACUCCAGAAGACGCGAUUGCGCGUAGAACAGAUCGGUCGACAACAAUUUUACGACGACGGUCAUCACAAAAACUUCUCGAAGACAUCAAUCAAAAGAAAUUUGAGGAAUGGGAUCCGGAGCUAAGUAUUCAACUUCUGAAGAUCCCCAGUUUACCCAAUUACUCUGGAUUCAGGAAGUUGAUUGAAAAUGCGAAAUCAUCUUGGAUGGAAGAUUUCUUGGAACGCGAUGGACUGGCUGUUUUGUUUGACAGACUGGAGAAAUUGUCAACUGGCUUCAGUAUAACCAACGCCUUAUUUCAGUCGGAGGUCACUUAUGCAAUUCGUGCCGUCGUCAAUUCAAAAAUUGGUUUGGAGUAUCUUCUUGCACAUCGUCAAUUUACUCGUCAGUUAUUUAAUGCCAUGGCAACAAAGAAUACCUUGGUAAAAAAACUUGUUUUGGAACUCUUCAGUGCUGUUUGUGUCUACUCUACUAUUGGCCAUGAAGCUACCUUAGAUGCUAUCGACUAUUUCAAGAUGUCAAGAACAGACGUUCAUCGCUGUUCUAUUCUGAUAUCAGAAAUAAACGCCGCCGACACGAUUGAAUAUAAAGCAGCCAUUUUAGGAUUCGCCAAUUCUUUGAUAUUGGGAACAGAUAAAAUUUGGACCCGACACGCUAUUCGCUCGGAAAUGAUCGGAUUAGGACUAUUGGAAGUGAUUGAAAAUAUGAAAAUGACAGACAAUCCCGAGCUAGCCAUUCAAAUCCAAGUGUUUGAACUUCACCGCAUGAAAGAUGAAGACAGUUUAGAUGCAACUGAAGACAAAUCUUUGUUUGACCUCUUCUCACUUUAUUUUAUUAAAAUCAAGGAUAAACCGCAGGCCUUAUCUUUGCAUGCAGUUCUUUCUAAUCUGCUUCAACUGAAUGUCACUGACCCACUCAAUUAUCGUUUAUGGAAUUUACUUGAAAAGGCGACCAAAGAUGCCGUUCAAGGAAAUUUGUCCGAGUGGAGUAAAUUCCAAAUUUUCACUAAACUAGGCGUUCAAGCAGAAACGGUUUCCGUAUGUACCCAAACGAUACCAAACGACAUAUUGUCUGAUAAUGUCUUUAUGAUCGAAGACGAGAUUGAAAAUUCCAAUAUUGACGGAAGUUUGGGAUCUGAAGUUAUUCCUUGUGCAAUUCCUGCUCAUCCUGUACCUUUUAUUCCACCCCCUCCUCCUCUUCCGCCUCCUCCGAUGCUUAUGCCCUUAAGUUCACCACCCCCGCCACCCCCGCCGCUGCCUCCUUGUCUCGUUGGCAGUUUUUCUAGUCAACCUCCGCCACCCCCACCACCCCCACCGUUACAAGCUAUCUCUUGCAUCAGUUUCGCUUCUGUCCCUCCUCCACCCCCACCACCACCCUUACCAUUUUCUGCAGCAAUAACAGCCCCUCAUCCUGCGAUUGGAUGUGGCAUACCUCCUCCACCACCCCCUCCUCCCCCUGGGGGCGCAGGGAUGAUAAUUGGAGGAAAUUUGCCACCGCCUCCUCCACCUCUGUUCGAUCUAUUUUCUUCUGUUGUUGCGUCCACUACAGACUGUGCUACGAAACCCCUGAAAAUUAAUGCAAAAAUGAAAACUCUUAAUUGGACAAAAGUCACUCGAGUUGAAGAUGCUUCUAUUUGGAAAGAAAUCAAUGCAACCAUUCGGGAAAAACCUCCAGUCAGUUUGCGUCUUCAACAAAUUGAAGAACUUUUCUGCAUGAAACCAACCAAUACUACUUCUAUUACAAAAAAGGGAGGAGAAAGUUCCAAUAAACAAAUGACUCCUGCUCUAUUAGACAGCAAACGCAGCCUAGCAGUCAAUAUAUUUCUUAAGCAAUUCAAAUUCCCCAUUGCCGAAAUUGUAGAUCGUAUAAAUCGAUGCGAUGGAAAUUUCUUUACUAUUGAACAUCUUCAUUGCCUGCAAAAAAUUCUUCCAAAUACAGACGAGAUUUCAACGUUAGAAAAUUACAAAGGAGAUAAGACAAAAUUGGGUCCUGCUGAACAGUUUCUUCUGUGCCUCCUGGCCCUUCCUGGAUAUUCUAUGAGAAUCAAAGCAACUUCAAUGAAAAUCGACUUUUAUCCGUCAAUGUCAGAGUUGGAACCUCCGCUAAAACUUAUUCUGAGCACUUGUCAAGAAAUUCUUGUCAACAAAUCUCUUCAAGAUUUCAUGGCCGUUGUUCUUCAGCUGGGAAACGUUCUUAACACCAACAGUUACGCUGGUAAUGCGGUCGGAUUCAAACUAAGCGCUCUUCAGAAGCUGACAGAUUUACGUGCCAACAAGCCUCGCAUGACUCUCCUUCAUUACAUCGUUGAUAUUGCUUUGAAUGAAAACCCAUCUCUUCUAGAUUUCACCGUCCAACUGGCUUCUUUAAAAGAAGCGAGCAGGCUGAGUCUCGAGACACUGGUAACAGAAGUUCGAGAAUGGAAAUCACAGAUUGAUGACCUCCAGAAGGAAUUGUUAGUCGCAGAUCCCGAUCUUAUCGAUUUUAUGAAAGGAUUUCUAGUUGAAGCAAAGGAGAAAGUGUUGGCAAUGCAGAAUGUUUUGUUACAGAUUGAAAAUUCUACUUGUUCCGUUGCCAUUCAUUUCAGUGAAGAUCCGGCUAAAAUGAAACUGUCCGAUUGUUUCAACUUGUUCGCUGAACUUAUUAAUAAGAUUGAAGUGGCUCGCAAGGAGAACGAAAUGCGCCAAAAGCAAGAAGAACGCGCGGCACGUCUCGCUGCUGAAAAAGCUAUUCAAGCGGCUUCUCCGCAAAGUUCUACGAAUGGAUCGCCAGGUCGGAAGAAUUUGUCUGGCAAAAAAUCUUUUCCUGUCGACGACGAAGUUUGCAUUGUCGAUCGUCUUUUGAGUGAAAUCCGUCGCGGAGAAUUCCAACUUAAAAAGUCCACCCGUGGAUAGUGCAAUAUCUCGCAAGCUAAGUUAAAUUUCCAUUUGGUAAAAAUUUCAUUUAUCUGUUUAUGUUUUCACAUUUGAACCGUAGUUUGCAACUAAUUUCAUUUUUGCACUUGUUUUGCAUUCUGUGCCUGAGCUACUAAUAUUGCAAACGCAUCUGUGCGUUAUUAAUUAAA